CCUGACGAUUUGUGACGUAAUGGUGUGUUAUUUUAUUUUCGAGCUCGGGAAAGAACGUCUACGGAAAAUUGGCAAAAAAUCCCUUUAGUUUUCUUUUUAGUGGGUGAAAAAUUUGUUUUAUUGUGAGAAGAGUGUUUGGGCUAUCUUGUGUGGUGAUCUAGGAGCGGGAUGGUGUAGCUGGUGAUGAGAAAAAGUGCUAAAAAAUUUUGAGUAACGCUAAAGAUUGCGCCACGGGAGAAUGUGUGAAAAUUGAUGGUGGGAAAAUGCAGGAAAAUUCACAAGAGCGUCACUAGUUGGUAAAAGAUAGAGAGUGAGAGAAGAGAGAAAAGAGUUACUAAAAACACCUGAGAGCCACACAAAGAAGUCACAGUGAAAGUCGGCAGGAAAGGUGUUUCCAUCAGCAGACCCCGGAAGAGUCUACAGCUGAGCUGUUGUCGCGGGAAGUGUGUAAAGAUGUGUGAUAUGUCCACGGAGAAGUGGAUCUGUGAGUACUGCACCUAUGCCAACUUUCCUUCAUCCCUCAAGUGUACCAUGUGCAAGGGGCAGAAGCCACUUCUCAAUGAAGACAUCUUCCGGCUCAAUCCAUCACCACCGCCUACAAAUGCUAACCUGGGCACCCUAAUUGAGUCAUCUACACUCAGUUUGUCCAAUUCAAACCUCACCAGUGUCGCCAGUGGACCAUCCAGCACCCAUGAGUCCCGGAAUAAGUGGCACUGUUCCAUGUGCACCUACCAGAACUGGCCAAGGGCUCAGCGAUGCACACAGUGUCACACGAAACGGGACACAGAUGUCCAGAAUAUGCAAGAACAGCUCAAAGCACUGAGUAUCCGACGCUCAGAUCCUGAUCUCAUGGCCAGUAAUCGGUCCAGUCCUUUCGGCUCAGCCACCAAUCUCUCCGGCUCCAGGGCCAAUUUAUCCGGGAAUGCUGCUGCUGCCAGGGUGAGUCCCAGCGAAGGAAGGCAGGCUCAGGCUCUGGCACCAAAAUGGCAGUGUUCCUGCUGUACCUUUGAGAAUUGGCCCAAGAGUCUCAAGUGCUCAAUGUGUGGUCGUAGUAGGGACUCUGUGGAUGCUGCUCAGGCCACCCUAGCACCCCCUCAGACACCACCUGGCCUGCCAGCCUCACCCGAGCGCGAUCUCAGCUCCGAGGAGAAUUGCGCUGCGACGAAUGUGGUCAACAAAAGGGGCCAGCAGCGUGCCCUGGAGGCAUCCAAUAACUGCGAUGCCCACCAAGAACGGCGGCUACGUCAGCUACGGCGGCAGGCUGACUGGAACUGGCUGAAUGCCUGCAUGGGAGUAGUAGAGAACAAUAUAGCAGCUGUGGAAGCGUACUUGGCAUGUGGGGGCAAUCCAGGCCGAGCGCUGACAAUCAACGAAGUGACUCUUCUCAAUCGGAGCUCAGCCUUUGACGUUGGCCACACCCUCAUUCACCUGGCCAUCAGGUUCCAUCGGGAAGAGAUGCUGCCCAUGCUGCUGGCUCAGAUUUCGGGCUCGGGACCGGGUAUUAAGAGGGUGCCAUCGUAUGUGGCUCCGGAUCUGGCAGCCGAUAUUCGGCGACACUUUGCGGCAUUCCUGAGGAUACGCAAGGGUGCCUUCAACUGUCACUAUGUCAAUGAACAUGCAACCUUUGCACUGCCAGCUGAUAUCGAGGAACUGCCACUGGCCAUUCAGGAGCAGCUCUUCGAUGAGCUCCUCGAUCGCGAUGCCCAGAAGCAGCUGGAGAAUCCACCGCCAGCUCUAAAUUGGUCUCUGGAGAUCACGGCACGACUGGGCUCGAGGCUAAUGGUGCUGUGGAAUCGGAGUGCCGGAGAUUGCUUAUUGGAUUCCGCCAUGCAGGCCACUUGGGGUGUCUUCGAUCGUGACAAUGUCCUCAGGCGAGCCCUCGCAGAUAGUCUCCAUCAAUGUGGACACUUAUUUUAUCCACGAUGGAAGGAGUACGAGAUGAUACAGGCUUCUCUGCUUCAUUUUACUCUCGCCGAGGCGCAAUGGGAAGAAGAUUGGAAUACCUUGCUGUCAUUGGCCAGUCAACCGGGUUCAUCCCUGGAGCAACUGCACAUCUUCGCCCUGGCUCACAUUCUCAGGCGACCCAUUAUUGUCUACGGUGUGAAGUAUGUGAAGAGUUUCCGGGGCGAGGAUAUUGGAUAUGCUCGAUUCGAGGGACUGUAUUUGCCAUUCUUGUGGGAACAAAGCUUUUGCAUCCGAUCACCCAUUUCACUGGGAUACACACGUGGGCACUUUAGUGCUCUGGUGCCGACUGAGCCCUACUCCAGAAUCGAUGGUGCACGCGAUGAUGCUGAGGAUGUCACAUUUUUGCCUCUCAUGGAUUGCGAGAUGAAGCUAUUGCCAAUUCAUUUUCUCACAGAGUCAGAGAUGGGCCGGGAGGAGGCGAUAAUGCGACAGUGGCUGGAUGUCUGCAUAACCGAGGGUGGCCUGAUGGUGGCACAACAGAGACUCCACAAACGACCACUCCUCGUGGCUCAGAUGCUCGAAGAGUGGCUCAAUCACUAUCGAAGAAUUGCGCAAGUUAUUUCCGCACCAUUUGCACGUCGACCACAACUUACCGGAUAUCUGAGUGACGGUGAUACGGAUGAGGAGUAGUAAAUAGCUAAAUUCAUAAUAAUAUAUUUUCUUUUUUGCGAAUUGAAUCUUACUUGAGCAAGAGAAAGAAAGAGCGAGAGAGCAGGAAAUAUUGCUAUUAAAAAAAAAAUGCAGAUAAUAUUAAAUGUAGUCACGAAAGAGGUAAAAAAAUGAUGUAAAAUGUUGCAAAAGAAUAUCAAUUUAUUUGACACACACUUAAGAGUUUUAACCAAAUAUUUAACAAUAAUCAAUUUAAAAAAAAGAGAGAUGAAAGAAAAAAUGAGAUAAACGAAAUUAUAUUUAGAAAAAAUCAAUUUUAAAAAGCUAAAGUUUUAGGAAUUUGUAAAAAAAAAAGUAACUUGAGAAAGUAGGAAUUCACGAGAAAGAAAAUUCGUUUACUUAAUUAUUGCAAUUUAUAUUUUCAAAAAAUGGGUGGUAAAUUCUUAAAAAAAAAACAACUACAAAUUUGUGUGAUAAAUCAUACCUUAUAUGAAUUAUUUUAGGUGAAGAAAAAAAAAUACAAUUUUAAAAAUUAAAAAAAAAAAUAAUAGAAAAAAUGUGGAAAGAGGCAAACAUAAAAAUCCAAGAUUAUUAAGUUUUGUUUCUGGGUUUUUUCGCUUUUGAAAGUUUAUGGAAAUAAAUUUAAAAAAAAAAUGUAAACAGUACAAAACGAAGAAUAUUGAGAAAAAAAACCAAGAUCAUAAAUUAAAAUGUUAUGUGGGCUGUUACUAUCACGUGAAGAAAAAAAAUAAUGCAAAAUGGAGAGAAAAUCAUGAAAAAAUUGAAUUCAAUAAAGUAACUGGAAGAAAU